GCGUCAGUCGGAGCCCGAGCAUGCUACAACGCGAGACCUGUUCGUAGUAACAUGACAUCAAGCGGGUUUAGUUUGUUCGCUGCCGUUUCGGGGGUAACCGGCUUGUUCGUGAUUCCAACACUCUACAGCUUUCUACUUGACACGAAUUACAUCAGUUUAAAGAAGGAAUCCGAAUCAGAACUCGGAGAAAUACCUAUAUUUAACAUUUAUACCGAACAACCAUAUACUAGCGAUGAUGCGUGGAUGCUGGGAACACAUGCAGAAACUAUGACAACCGACAGUGGUACUGCAACAACUGCCGCGACGGUGCGUCCAAACAUUGCAAGUGAGAUUCCCGAGAAAAUACGUGACACGAAAACAGGAACAAAUACACUUCUACGAUAUUCAAAUCACAGCCCGACAUCGACGUUGCCAAAGACUCCAAUAUUGAGUUACCAUGGAAGCAAGCCAACUCAAAACAUAGAUAUUCCUGGGACAGUACCUGGAACAAAAACAGAGUCAAACAAAAUUGUACAAGAUACAAACUACAAUCCGACAUUGCCGAAGUCACCAAUCAUGAGGGAGCAUGAAAACGAGGCAAUGCAAAACACAGAUGUUCGGUAUUUGUUUCCUAUUCACUACUAUGCUGGUGGACCAAAUUAUCAGUACAAUGACUUUAGGAUUGCUCUGCGUUAUGCAAUCAGUCAAAAUCGUUCUAUCGUGGCUAUUGAAGUGAAUGACCAUUUCACGCAGCCCGCUGAAGUGCGCACAGGUCUACAUUCUCUCGAAUCUACUUUUGACGUAGACGAAUUAAGAAAAAUAGUAUCUAUCGUAAGUAUUGAUGAAUUUAAACGAGCGUGUCAAAGUUCAUUUGACGGUUUUAUCACGGAACGUACCAAUUACUGCUCUCCAGAAAAAUACACAGACGAGUACGUACGAACAACAGAGAUUUUUGAGAAAAACUAUGGCGUGAAGCUCCCCGAAUUAACAAAUAUUUCGAGAACACGAGAAGAGUAUAGACGUCUGUAUGAAGAAAGUAGUUCUGCUCGUUGCCUGGGCAUAUUCCGACCGUGGGACAUCGAUGAUUGGCGAUUGCCUGACAGAGCAGAAAUAGACAGAAAGAUCGACAUGCACAUGAAAUGGGCGCCCUACAUCAGAAAAAUGGGAGAACAAGUUGCGAGGACUUUAUGUGAUGGGAAGCCUUACUUAGCUGUGCAUUGGAGAAACAGAACAGGAGAACCGUGCCGAAUUGUUACGAAAACUUCCAAACAAGGUUUGCGAUAUGGCAGCGAAUCGAAAUGCUUAAAUAAUAUCAGAACCCUACAAACACUUGAAAAAUUAGCGGUGGGUGCCUCCAGGGAUGUGCAUGACGUCAUGAAGCGACAUCAAUUAUCAUGCGUGUAUGUUGCAUUUCCGUUCUACAGUGGGAAAAUUAUCGAAAUAUUAAAAGAUGCUGACGUUACAGGAAUAUGGUCAUUCGCUAAUAUAACAACAAAUGAAUACCCAGAGAUCCAAGCCGUGAAGAAUGACAAUUACGUAACGUCAUUGGUAGAACAGGAAAUUUGCAAACGGUCCAAAAUUUUUAUUCAAAGAAGUGAAUCAAAUUGGUCAGAAAUGGUGAGAUACGCGAGAGACGCCAACAGUGAUGUCACAUUAACAAUGCAAAGACUGCCAUGGUACAUGAAGGCAACAACUGUACAUUCAUUAUAACUAUUAACCGGAAAUACCAGAACAUGAAACUGUGAUAUUGAUAUAAAAGGAAUGCGGAGUGUGGAUGUCAUGUAAUCUCAUACUUGCAUUAUGUGUAGCUUUGACCCAUGACCCGUAAUAAUAGACAUAUACCCUGGUUGUAAAUAUUUGUGACAUUUUAAUUUAUUCAAAUGUUAAUACGGCACGUAAUAUAAAACUCAAUAACAAUGCU